AUGGCAUCACCAUCGUCGUCAAAGGUGCGCCUCUUAGCGGCUACAUCAUCGAAAGCGCUUUCACCAUGUAGUGCCGCUGCAUCUCGUUCCCGACUUGCUUCUGCACGGUUCUUCUCAACUUCAACCACUCACUUCGUCUCGACUUCUCGGGGCGAUCCGUCCACCAGCUCCUCCUCUGCCGGCCAAGGCCUGACGGGGUCCGACAAACUGCUCCAAGAAGCGUUGCGUCUGGAAGAGGAGGAAGAAGUUGCGCUCUCCAAGCAAUCUCGAAGGCAGGACCCGAACGAUCCCAUCUGGACGGGCGAAGAGCGUGUACAGGACACGGUGCUGCGGAUGGUCAUGGACAAGUACAAACCCCUCCGCGUCCGACUCGGAGACGAGAACAAGGACCCAGCGGACGAAAAGAUCAAAGCGGGCAUCCAAACACCUUCCCCUCCCGCAGCCUCGUCCUCCUCCGCAGCUGACGACGGGGCUAGCAAGCUCUUUGUUUCCCCCAGCGUCGAAGGUGCGCACGAAGACGGCCGGAAGCUGCCCAAGACGCCAGAUCAAAAGCCAUGGAGAGCGGUGUAUGUCCGACCAGCGCACUUGCUCGGUGUCGGAGCCGCGGAGGAGUUCGCACCGAGCAUCUACUACGGCCAGUUCCUCAAGUCUUCCUCCUCCACACUAAACGCAAGCAGCGAGGCACGGAACAAGCUUAAAGCAGCAGGAGUCAACGUGUCCGCUCUCCCGCUCGACGACCCAAAAGCGAUGAAGCAGCUGCGCCAGGGUAUCAAGACCGUCGAGCGCCGUGGCAAGCUGAUGCGUGCCCGAGACAGCGUGAUUGACUACCAGCUCUCCCAGCACUCCUCCUCCGAAGUUGCAGAAGAACAAGAAGGAGAGAUAAAGGGAGAUCAAGUCUCGGAUACGAACCGCAACCUGCAGCUCCAGCUCGGCCAUGCACAGGGGUGGGACAGCGUGAUUGAAAAACGCAUCAAGGCCGCCCUCGAAUCGGGCCUGUUCAAGGAUAACAAGCUGCGCGGCAAACCAAUCAAGCGCGAUAUGCAGGAGAAGAACCCGUUCCUCGCACGCGAAGAAUACUUUAUGAACCGCAUCGUCAAGCGCCAAGGUGCCGCGCCGCCCUGGGUGGAGCUCAACAUGGAGCUCGAGACCGAGCUCCGUAGCUGGCGGCAAAGAUUCGACGAUUCGUGGGUCCGCCGAGCCACCCGCAUGAUCACCACCUCCCCGACACUCGGCGAGGGCCUCGAAGCCUUACCUCUUCCCGCUGCUCACGGUUCCAACGCGCUCUCCACGGGAACGGCAGAGAUCGCAGCGGCCGAGACGGGAGCCGAGGCGAAACUCGUCCUCGAGGUACCAGCCGCUCGAACGGCGGGCGAGCAGCGCCUCAUCGACGUCGCCUCUCGUUUCCGUGACCCGGAGUGGGAGGCACGGGAGAGGGCGUACCACACGCACGAGAUGAAACGCCUCAACGAUUUGGUCCGCAAACAUAACCACUUGGCACCGUUUACGGCGCGCAAGGGUUUGAUGGUGUUGGACGUCGAGUUGGCGGCCAUGUGGACGCGGACGCUGCCGAGACUGGUGUACGAGGUGUCUGCGGUCUUGCACGCAAAGGCGAAUGGCGGACAGAGUGAAGGGAAGCGGGUCGAUGGGUGGGACGCGUUGUUGCAGAAGGAAGGGGGCGGGGCGAUGAGGUAUGAUCUUUGGGGGACAGAGGUGAGGCAAGGCGCAAGUGCGGGGAGCGUCGAGAAGGGGAGAGCGUAG